CGACAACUGCCUUUCUCUCGCCCUGGGACUUUUCUCCCUCUCCCAGAUUGCCUCCUGCUAUGCCCGCCGGCCAGUAAUCCUGCCGCUCCGUUGUCGUCCACCAGAGACGUCGCCAACUCUCUCUUCCCUGCGGAGAGCUCUGUCUCCGUCCAUCAUGUCUCCGUGGUUCUCUCUCCCGCAUAUUCCGUAUCCCCCCUCCAGGGAAGGAUAUUGGAGUCCCGUCACGUCGACGCUGAAUUGGUGCGAAGAGGACUACUAUGCCACCAUCUACUCCGCAGAGAUCGUCAAUACCCUGACAAAUUUGCUGUUCAUGGCUCUCGGAAUCAAGGGCUUUCUGAGCUGUCGCCAUAAUGGUCAUGACUCGAUCUUUCAGGUUGCAUACUGCGGCUAUUUACUGGUCGGAACGGGCAGCUUCCUCUUCCAUUCGACAUUGAAAUACCCCAUGCAGCUUGUUGAUGAAUUAUCCAUGAUUUACACCACGUGCUUGAUGUGCUAUGCGUCCUUCUCAUACUCCAGGCCGACGGGCACCCGCAUCUUCUUAGGCAUCUUCCUUGCCAGCUUAGCGAUCUUCAUCACCCUCUACUACCACUACCUCCAGGAUCCCUUGUUUCACCAAAACGCAUACGGCAUCUUGACGGCCAUCGUCCUCAUACGCAGUAUGUACACCAUGGAGGUUACGCUUCGUCCUCGCUGGCGCCAUUCCACUGAGGAGGACAGACUGGCGCGCGAAAAGCAGGGCCUGCCCGUCCCGACCAAAGAGCACCAGCAUUACGAGAACGUGCGGGACUUGAAGACCCUCAAGACCAUGUGGUUUAUGGUUAUCUACGGCUUGAGCGUGUUCUUGGGCGGGUUCGCUAUUUGGGGCUUGGAUAAUGUCUUCUGUUCGAAGAUCCGCGGAUGGCGCCGGGAAGUGGGUCUUCCUUGGGGUAUUCUUUUGGAAGGCCAUGGCUGGUGGCAUGUGAUGACCGGCAUUGGGGCGUACCUCUACCUCGUCUGGGGUAUCUGGCUACGCCACUGCUUGAACAAGCGCCAAGAAGAGUACCAUCUGUGGUGGCCUCAUUUCUGGAAUUUCCCCGAAAUUCUUCGCACCAGCACCUUAGGCAAGAGUGAGAAUGGCGCUGCUAAGAAGUCAAACUAGAUUGGAUCGCUACACCCUCGUUCGUUAUCACUUAGACCACUUUCAGAAGGGCAUCAAUGACCGGAGCUUUGAGCCCUCGUAUCUCAGCAUGACCGUUCGCGUGCAGGUUGAUCGAUAAACGCUUAUAGAUGCCAGUUUUGAGCCAGUCAGCCGCUUUUUAUACAUAGCCUAUAGAGAAGAGCUGAGAACAAAGAAACAAAUGUAGAUUUAUCCAUUGGGGUAUCCUGUUGAAUAUGCAGGCGUAUCACUGGC